AUGUGCGCCGUGGCCAUCAUGGCGGAGAAUGAGGCGAUGGUCCGCAGUAUUUUCGCACAGGGCUCGCCGGAGGAGAAGGCGGUCGGUGCGUACCGCGUGCUGAUCAGCAAAAACGGCUGGUGGCACAUCCUCAUUCUGGACGACUACUUGCCCACGUUCAACCGCAUGCCCGUGUUUGCGCGCUCGUACGACGAUCCGGCGGAGGUGUGGGCCUCGUUGCUGCAAAAAGCGUAUGCGAAGGUGCACGGUUCCUAUGCCGCGAUCACUGGCGGCGACGCUCUACAGGCUCUCGCCGACUUGAGCGGCUCGCCGAUGUGCCGUUUUGACAAGGAGUGGGAGGAGGCAACGGCGGACGCGAGAAAGGCGGACACGCUGGCGAAUGCGCUGGUGCAGCUUUCCCGCUCUGGCGCCUGCGUUGUGCUCAGCACUCCAGGUCACAAUUCAGAGAGCUACCUGGGCGGCCGUCAGGCGAGAGAUUCGGGGGCCUUCCGUGCCCGCUACGAGGACGCCGGUUUACAUCCCGGCUACACGUACUCUUUAGAGCGCGUUGUGAUUGUCGAGGAGUGCGGUACCCUGCUGUUCAAGGUACGCAACCCUUGGCGCUCAUCGAACAAGUGGAGUGGCGCAUGGAGUUACGGUUCCAGGCAGUGGGAUGAGAAUCAGGAUGCCUGCCUCCUCUGCGGCGCCCAGAAGGACCCGGAGGAUGGCAGCUUCUGGAUGUGCUGGAGUGACGCCAUCCAGUACUUCGACGGAGGCGGUGCUUUGUUUUCGAUCCCCGACGCGACGGACUACCGUGUUAAGGGGGUGUUUUGCAAGACUAUCCCAAGCACGGUUCUUGAGAUCACGGCCUCAGAGUCCACCCGGGUGCUUUUCACCCUCUCGCAACCCGACAAGCGCGGCGUGGACCGCAAGGAGGGCGCGGCGCUCUUUGCUCCGAUCAUGUUGACCGUGUCCAAGGAGGAUGGCGACGUACAGCAGGUGCAGAAGAACACCAGCUGGAACCCGACAAUGCCCUCCGAGGAGUUCAACUUUGUUGUUGGCCGCGAUGUCGCCAUGUGGUUCACGCUGGAGGCCGAGGAGACGUACCUUCUCGUGCCACGCAUACACCCAAAGGGCGUCAAGAGCAACUACGAUCGACCGUACGUGAUUGGCAUAAUAUCAGCAGAGAAGCUGGAGGGCAACGUGCAGGUGGAAGCGAAGCAGAUUCACAGCGACUCGGCGGUGUUCACGAACUAUAUCGCCUACAAAUCGGAGGAGCUGCCGUCGGUCGAGGCGGAGAACCAGGUACGGCUUCCUGGCAUGGCCCCCGUGACGUACGUGUCCACCAAGGUGAUUUGA